AUGCCUACUAAUAGAUACCACUUUGAAAGAGAUCUGUCCUACCGGUCAUCUCGGAAAAUCGCUUCGAAGAGGCUCAACUUGGCAUCUGUCGGGGAAAAUCGCCUACGGUUAGAGAUUUCAACCUCUCUUUUCUCUUCAGAUCCGGUGCUAGAGUUUUUUUCAUUUGAUAGAGCAAGGUUGUACUUCACAGAUGAUAGUGUUUCCUCCGACUUCUCCGUAGGACUGAGCUCAGGAAAAAUCGUUGAAAUCUGAGAAUCGUUGUUUUUAGGCCAAAAUCGGCUUCAAACUGAAUUUUUUAUUAGAAGGGUAGGCUGAAAGUCGGAGGAAACACUAUCAUCUGUGAAGUACAACCUUGCACUAUCAAAUGAAACAAACUUUAGCACCGGAUCUGAAGAGAGAAGAGAGGUAGAAAUCUCUAACCGCGGGCGAUUUUCCCCGACAGAUGCCAAGUUGAGCCUCUUCGAAGCGAUUUUCCGAGAUGACCGGUAG